GAUGAUUUGCAUGUGCUACUAUUUUAUAGUAGUGUAAAGCAAUAUAAAUGGGGCAACCUGAAUAUGAAUAUAUGUAUCAAUAAAAGGUAAGUGCAAUAACCUGGAAAGUGGCAACCGAAGUGUAAUACCAAUGGAAUCGGGAAGUGUCCUCCAGUUUCUUGACAACAAGUCCAUUUUUGUCAUUGGUGCUACUGGGUUUUUGGCAAAGAUUUUUGUGGAGAAAAUACUGAGGGUUCAACCAAAUGUGAAGAAGCUUUAUCUUCUUUUAAGAGCAGAAGACUCUAAAUCUGCUACACAACGCUUCCAUAAUGAGAUCAUAGGGAAGGAAUUGUUUAAAGUCUUGAAGGAAAAAUGGGGCAACAAUUUUAAUUCCUUCAUAUCAGAAAAAAUUGCUGUUGUGCCUGGGGAUAUCUCUCACGAGGAUUUGGGUUUGAAAAACUCCAAAUUGGAAAAAGAGUUGCGGAGGGAAGUAGAUGUUGUGGUCAACUCAGCUGCAACAACCAAUUUUGAUGAAAGAUAUGAUGUGGCGCUUGGCCUCAACGUACUGGGAGCUAAACAUGUUUUAGAUUUCGCCAAGAAAUGUGCCAAACUAAAGGUGUUUGUCCAUGUAUCCACAGCUUAUGUGGCUGGAGAAAAGUCAGGGCUCAUACUAGAAAGCUCAUUCAGCAUGGGAAAAACACUUAAUGGUGUGUCUGGCUUAGACAUUAAUGUUGAGAUGAAAGUGGCAGAGGAAGAACUGAAACAACUCCAGGCGCAGCGAGCUUCAGAAAAGGAAAUUACUCUUGUCAUGAAAGAUUUGGGCGCUGAAAGGGCAAGACUUUUUGGAUGGCCAAACACAUAUGUAUUUACAAAGGCAAUGGGAGAGAUGCUUGUAGGGAACUUCAAAGGUGAUUUGCCUCUUGUCAUCGUGCGCCCUACCAUUGUUACCAGUACUUUCAAAGAACCUUUUCCGGGUUGGAUUGAAGGCCUGAGAACUAUUGACAGCGUAAUUGUUGGUCUGGGUAAAGGGAAAAUAACCUGUUUUCUUGGGAAUCCUAAGGUGACGGUUGAUUUGAUACCAGCAGACAUGGUUAUAAAUGCCAUGAUCGUUACCAUGAUGAUGGCUCAUGCAAAUCAAUCUUGUGAUGAUGCUAUUUACCAUGUUGGUUCGUCGUUGAGAAAUCCUAUGAAUUCCUUGAAUGUUCAUAAUUUUUCCCACCAUUAUUUCACCAAGAAUCCAUUGAUUGAUAGAAAUGGAAAGCCAAUUAAAACUCCCAAACUAUUAAUUUUGAGCACCAUGAGCAGAUUCAGGCUGUACAUGAAGAUUCGUUAUUCGCUGCCAUUAAAGGGAUUGUAUUUGCUGAGCAAACUUUGCCCUCGAUAUUUUACGAAUGUUUAUAAUAUCAAUGAUCAUAAAAUCAAAUCAGUGAUGAGAUUAGCAGAACUUUACAGGCCUUAUGUGUUCUUCAAGGGCAUCUUUGAUGACAUAAAUUUAGAAAGGCUGCGAAUGGUUGCCAAAGAGAGCGGAAUGGAUUUAGAAGUAUUUAACUUUGAUCCAAGGUUUAUUGAAUGGGAAGAAUAUUUUAUGAAGAUUCACAUUCCUGGCCUGACGAGGCAUGUAAUCAGAUGUUAAAAGACG